UCACCUGCUCCUCUCUCCUCCGACUCUCUGCUGCUCCUCACAUCCUGCAGGAGAGAGGGAGAGGAGGAAGAGUCCAGUCAGCUCCAGGACUCUACUCCAGCCCAAAAUUACGCACACGUUUCUAUACUUUCUGCCGUCGACUUUGACCAUUUCUCCCAGCACCGAGACAAACUUUUGAGAAAGAAAACCGACGCUUGUUGUGAAGUUUUCUUAUCACGUGAAGUUGCGCCUGAGUUGGCUUUUUUUUUUUUACGUUUUUAUUUUCCAGGCUUUAGUCGGGACUUGUAUAUGUUAAAAAAAAAUAACAACGAACAAACAAAAAGAAAACACUUGAGACUAAAGUUUUAAGGUUAUAGAUUAUUUGGCCAUAACCGACAUCAGUUCGGUACAAAUUAAGAGAGAUUUUCAGUGCGAGCGGAGGAUUUAUGUGAAAACCAACGCGAUAAAAAAGUCGAUUUUAAUCUGGAUUCCGUGAUGUAUAUGUGAAAGUUUCCCCCAUCCGAAUCGAUUUCGUUCGGACAAGGGGAGACUUUAAUGGAUUUUUUAUGUGGGACCCGCUAGGAUGGACGUGGUAGAUGAAACAGAAGCGCUGCAGAGGUUUUUUGAAGGUGUUGUCAUCUCAAGAACUUCAACAUGCUUUGGCUUCGUGCAGGUCAUGAUAUUACCAGCUCUCUGGAGCCAGCCAACAUCGACACCAGUAUCCUGGAAGAGUACAUCAGCAAGGAGGACGACAGCACUGACAUCUGUUUCUCAGAGGUCCACAGCGCCCCGGGACCAAAUUACUCAUCUCCUCAGGCAGGAGUGUCCUCCUCCGGGGGUCUGGUGUGUGGCGUAAGCCCCCCCAUCCCGCUACGCCAAGGAGCCCCUCCACCCGGGCCUCCUAGCUGUCAGAACGCCUACGCCCAAGGUCCAUCCGUGGGCCUGCGACACAGCUACCCGUGCCUGGGACCGCAGCCGCAGCACCAGCAGCUCCAGCAGCAGCACCAGCAGCACCAGCCGCUCCAGCAGCACCAGCAGCACCAGCAGCACCAGCAGCACCAGCAGCAGGCUCACGUCAAACCUGAGCACAGGGGCCACUACGCUCCGGGGACACUACCAGAGUCUCCCCCAGACUCCAGCUCAGAGCCAUAUUCUCCUCAACAGGUGAAUGAUCCUCACAUGAUCAGGACCAUGACACCAGAGAACAUGUGUCAUAUGACUCCAACGCCACCCCUCCCGCCACACGGUCACUAUCCCAGCAUGCAUCGGGACAUGUACCUGAAGCCGGAGCCCAUGAUAUCGCAGUAUCCUAUCGGACCAGCCACGAGCGGAGGCGGGGACAUGCAGCAAACGCAGAUGCUUCAUCAGCUGCUGCAGCAUCCUCAGGCCCAAGAUGGUAUCCCUGCUCAUCCGGCCAAGAAGAGGAAGCACUCCGAUUCUCCCAACAGCACCUUGAAUUCCCAAAUCCUCACAGGUAUCAUCAAACAAGAACCAGGUGUGAUGCAGGAAAACGACAACGCCUACCUGGACCCAAACUAUCAGUGCAUCAAGUGGCAGCCGCACCAGCAGAACAAGUGGACGCCGCUGUAUGACGCCAACUGCAAAGAGCUUCCAAUGCCAACCUACCGUGUUGAUGCCGACAAAGGCUUCAACUUCUCCCUGGCCGAUGAUGCGUUUGUCUGCCAGAAGAAAAACCAUUUCCAGGUCACGGUAUACGUGGGGAUGCUCGGAGAUCCCAAGUACAUCAAGACCAACGAAGGCCUGCAGCCCAUCGACUGCUUCUACCUCAAACUCAACGGAGUGAAGGUGGAAUCCAUGAAUCAGUCCAUCAGCGUGGAGCAGUCCCAGUCCGACCGCAGCAAGAGGCCUUUCAAGCCAGUUCUUAUGAUGGGUUUCCUUCACAGCGUCACGCUGCCUCCAGAGCAGGUGACCAAAGUCACAGUAGGACGGCUCCACUUCAGUGAGACCACAGCGAACAACAUGAGAAAGAAGGGCAAACCAAACCCCGAUCAGAGGUAUUUCAUGCUGGUGGUAGCGCUGCAUGCUCAGUCCCACAAUCAGAGCUACAUUGUGGCUGCUCACGUUUCUGAGAGGAUCAUCGUCAGGGUAACGUCUGGCCAUGCAUCCAACCCAGGCCAGUUUGAGAGUGACAACGAGGUGCUGUGGCAGCGCGGCCAGCUGCCCGACUCGGUGUACCACCACGGCCGAGUGGGCGUCAACACGGACCGCCCCGACGAGGCGCUCGUUGUCCACGGCAACCUGAAGGUCAUGGGCUCCCUGGUCCACCCGUCUGACAUACGGGCCAAAGAGAAUGUCCAGGAGGUUGACACCACAGACAAUUUAAAGAGGAUUUCUCAGAUGAGGCUCGUCCAUUACCAGUACAAGCCUGAGUUCGCCGCCACCGUGGGCAUCGAGAACACUGCAGACACUGGAGUGAUCGCCCAAGAGGUUCAGCAAAUCCUGCCGGAGGCAGUGAAGGAGGGAGGGGAUGUGGUGUGUGCCAACGGAGAGACUAUUCCCAACCUGUUAGUCGUCAAUAAGGAUCGUAUCUUCAUGGAGAACGUUGGAGCCGUGAAGGAGCUCUGCAAGCUGACAGACAACCUGGAGACUCGUAUAGAUGAGCUGGAGCGAUGGAGCCGUAAGCUGGCCAAGCUCCGCCGCCUCGACAGCAUGAAGAGCACCGUGAGCGGCGGCACGGUGAGCCAAUCGGGAAGCUACUUCAGCCGGACGGGAAGCGGCCCACUGAAGAAGAAGACAGUUAAAUCUGGGAGCAAGAGCCCGGCUCCAGAUCAGGGCUGCAUCAGUCAGAGGUUCAUGCAGGGCGCCAUCCUGGCUCUGGUGGUUGUCAUGGCCUUCAGUGUCAUUUCCAUGUCGGUCCUUUACGUCCUCACUCUUCAUCACAGGGGAGCCAUCACAGAAAAAGAUGGCUUUGCUCCUCCGUGUGUUUUCUACGUCUCUUGGAUGCCCAUCUUCACUGCCACUGUAACUGUCUGUCCACCUGUCUGCACAUGGUCAAGAGCUACGCUGGGAUCCUCCCGCAAGACUCCAUCCUCUCCACUGACCCCCACACCUGCUCCAGCUUGCUGUUCAACCAGCGCUGUGAACAACCAAUCAAGUACCGUUUUCACACCCAGUAAUAAUCAAUCCACACCAGGUUUAGGCAGCCUGGUUCCCACACCAGGUACCAUCAACAAGAAGGCCAAGUCCAGGCCAAUGGACAAGGAUGGCCACAGCAGAAACCGCCUGAGUCACACCUCAGCGCCCAUGUACCUUCCCAAGUCCAAGAGGCCCGUCUCCUCAGACCUGGAGGGAGCGGGAGCCACCAACCGUCUGCCGGGGGGCCAGCAGCCCACACCGCGCAGGCAGCGCAGCCUCAGCACAAGAGGGAGAAGAGCAACUCCCUCCCUCGCUAGUGUCCACAUCCUGGAGACGAACCAGGAGAUCACCUCACAAAGUUGUGAAACAGCAGAGUUAUGCAGCUACACAAUUUCACUUCACGGACAAAGAAAUUCCUCCAUCUCACAGAUUACUUUGCACAUGACCUCCACAAACAAUGUGUGGGUACAGCAAUGCGGAGCUACCAAAGGACGUUUAUGCCCCAACCACUCGGAGACAGAACUCCACGAUGGACAGAACACGUCAACAAAGGGGACUCAUCACCUUUGGUCAGUGCCUCUGUCUUUCCAGGACAUCAAGUAUCACUUCCGUGUCUCUUCAUCUAGUGAAGUGAGGUGUGCCACUGAAGAAAAGACCUCCUCGUACUCUGACUACCAUUUCCUGAUUCAAAGCAGCUGUGUGUGAGCAGGAAGACCGUGUGUUUGGCCUUUGCAGAUCCAGCUGUGUGCUGUUGUGAUGGGAAAGGGCUUUUCCACUGCAAUAACCAUCAUUUGUAAAUUAUAGACAUCUCAAUUUCCCCUGACCACUGCAGCAUGAAACGCUGAACAUGUUUUAAAUGACACUGUUAACUGCCACUGAAAACCAACCAACAUUUAUAGUUUACUUUAUUAUUGAUGACUACCGUAUGUCUUCCAUUCUUAGUAUAUCUGUGAUUACUUUUUUUAGCAGGCUUAGACACUGUAGAUGAAACUGCACACUUUUUAAAAAAAAAUUAAAUACAAUGGAUCUGAUUUUCCACUGAAACCUAAAACCAGUGCCUGCUACCCUAUGAUUCAAAUAGUUUUACACACGGUCAUUGGCUUCAGCUGAAUGCCUUGUAUGUUAAAUAUACCUCAGUAGUACACACUGGCCAAUCCUACGUUUCUGCAGCGGAGCUUAUGGUUGAAGCUGCUGCAGGAGGCUGCAGGAAGCUGCAGUCCACUACGUCCCUGUGCCACAUCUGAUUAAACAUUGUACAGAGUUAUGACACUGAAUGAAAUAUAUAUAGACACUGUUUAUGCCUAUUACCAUACAGGAAUGAUGUGAGCUCAUAUUGUAACUUUAAGGACUCUGAGUCAGAUUUGUGUUUGGGUGAUCACUGGAGAGCCGGCAGUCAUGUGGAAAAAAAAAAGGAGACCAUCUUUCAGCUCUAAUUUUUAAGCAUCUGGAUGAAAUUGGAAAAUCAUCCAGUCUUAGAAUUAAGUAAAUGUAGCAUGAGAUUAAUAACACAAGACUUAUUGUUUUUUUGUCAGCAUGUAUUUAACAAAAACUCAGGGGACACAUAGGAAACGUGGUUAAAAUAGUAAGUAUGACCUUCCUGCUUCCAUGAAAAAUGAAGUAGAAACCUGGUUGUUUAUGAAAUACACUUGACUGAGCAGGUGGGAAAGUGUUUAAAAAAGCAUUUUUUGACAGCAUGCUGAUCUGGACCACUCGUGUACUUUAACACAAUGCUGAGGAGGAAAAAACUAGCAAUGAUCUUACAGAAACAGCUGUUGCCGCCCGCCAACCGGGGGAGAGUUAUAACGGCCUUUCCAAAAGAUUUGGGGUUUAUCAUUCUACACUGAGAAAGAUUGAUUUCAGUUGGAAAUCAUUCAACAUAGUCGUUAGUCUUAUUGGGUGUGGCCGUCCCAGCGGGUUUACCUCAGGAGCAAAUAAUGCAAUGCUCAGAGAAAUUGUUAAAAACACCAACAAAGAACUGCAUCUGACGCACGUAAGUACAGCCUUCAACAUCUGAUAAAUGUAAAAGUUAAUUCAGUUCAGUUUGGCUUAUUUGGAGCAAUUGACAGGAGACAUAAUAUGCUAGAUUGGGUUUGCAAAUGUGUCUCUGAAUAAUCCGGAGGACCUCUGUCCCGUGGACGGAGGAGGUCAAAGUAAAAGUGUUUAGCCAGAAUGCACGGUGCCACGAGCACGCCAUAUCAGGACAGACAUGUCGUGGGAACCUUGUCGUGGCUACAGACAGUUGAGAUACCAUAAACCCACCUGGGUGCCAGUAUCCUGGAGGGAGAUGUGAAGCUGCCUACCCGACAGCUAAAGAUUGGCUGAAAUUAGAUUGCGCAGCAGGACAAUGAUCCGCACCACCAAAUCUACGACAUGAUGGCUGAAUGAAAUAAUGAAAGAGAUCAAGUUGUUGCAAAGAAACAGUCAAAGCACCGACGUAUAGACAAUGAAAAUUCUUUCAAACCGUAGCAGGAUAAUGAAGAGUGGGCCUGGAUUUACUGACUAGAGACUGAUGGCACAGUGUAGUGAGGUUUGUUUUAUUAACACACUGCUUCUACGUAUUUUCUUAGUCUUUGUCAAAUAAAUAAACUGUUUUUUGUCACGUCUUGUAGUUCAUUUAGAUUGCUUUUAUCUCAUUUUAAAAGCAGGUAAGGAUCAGCUUAUUUCCAGUUACAUCCUAAACUGAAAGAUGCUUAACGUUCCCUUUCUUUUCCCACAUGACUUCAUGUAUAUGUUGAAACUGGGUAAUUGAACAAAUGACUGUAUUUCAACUCAUGUAUAUACUGAUAGCUCUUAGCAUAUGAUACUGGAAGUCCAACAAGUCCUACACUGACAAUACUUCAAGAAACACUGAAAUAGCUGCGACUGUAUCCUGGUAACUGGACAAUGCUGGUAAGGCAAUAAAUGACUUAAAUCAUCCGGGUGCAUGCCCAAUCAUUUCUCUAAAAUGAUACAUCACAACUUAGACGCAAGAUCUUUUUUUAAUGUCUGGAUCAUAAAGCUGGAGAGAACUUGAUUUACUUAGAGGGCAGAGAUACGUCUAGAAAUUUUACACUGGAUAUACCCUUUCAUGUGUUUCUCUGGGUGUUUUUAAAUAUUUUCCUGUACCUAUACAACUAAGACUAUGCAAUAAUAAUAACACUUUUAAUGUAGCUGAAUUGUAUAAUAUUUCCUUUUUGUAUUACUUUUUCAUGUUUAAAGGCAUUUUUCAUUUGACACCAUGCUUUAAUUGGCAUUUGAUAUUAAAUCUAUAUUCUGUGUUCAGAAAGAGAAAACACAACUGUUUAAGUCAAAUGUAACAUAAACAUGUUGGGAGAAUAGCCAUCAGAAGAAGAACAAGUACUUUGUAAGUAAAUGAAGACUGUGUACGAUACUUCACCAUAGUCUUUUUGCUUAAUGUCAAUGGUUUUAGCGUAUUUAUAAGGCACCAAUUAGAAUAAAGAGACCCCGUAGCACUUUUUGCACUGUAUACAUGAACUGCUUUAGCUGUAUCCAGUGCAUCGGAUUGGUAUCAGAUACUCUGGCAAAACUGCAUUACAUGCAAUUGUAUUGUUAUAUUUUGUAAUGACCAAUGAUCCUUUUAUCUGUUAUGAAAUACUGUGUUGUUUCAUUGUUCUUCUUUUAGUUUUUUUUUUUGUUUUAUUUCCCCAUCCAUAAUAUAUUAACUUUCAGCUUUUGGAGCUGGGAAAUUAUUGAUGAGAACACACUCCGACACAUUUGUAAUUUUAGCACUAUUUUUUCAGAGAAGUUGGGUAAGGCUAAAAGUUCAUUGGCUACAUUAAUAUCACUACUUUAUAGCUCAUUUUAUCCGUAUAUUUUCAUUCUGUUUUGUCAGAAAACUGUGAUGUAAUACUAUAACUACAUGCAGUAAAUAAAAUGGUGAUU